AUGAUGGAUGAACAAGGCGUCUUAGUUAGAGAUCAAUUCGUGAAUGAGCUCAAGUCAAUUAAGAAGACACUUAAAAGUUGGACCAAAGUGUUUACUUAAAUCAUGGAAUUAUAAGUGUAGAAUUCUAAACAACAAAAUCAGAAUGUAUCAUCCUAUUAAUAAUACUUAGACUAUUCUCAUAUAACAGAUAUUGUAAUACUUCUCUAAACCCAACAAGAAACCAUAAUAAAUGCCAAUCUCUCCUAUAAGAAAGAUGGUACAUAAAACUGAGCCAGAUGAUUUCUUUCUCAGAAAGUUCGAAGAUACAGAGACUUGCAACAAUGACAACCUCCAAAAUGAAUUAAAUAAUCCCAAAAAGGUUAACUUAUUCAUAUUUUAGAUAUCUAUAGUUAAUUAUUAAGGUACACCAUUUGAUAGUGCUUAUGAGAGUAUCAACCGAGAAAUGCAAUAAUACUACGAACCUGAAAAUUAAGUAACAGAACCAUCAACAGAGGUCUUUAAGAAUUUCAACAAAAUGGGACAGUAAGGUGUUAAAGCUACUCUCAAUAUGGAAGGUAUUUCACUCCCUUAAAGCACCAAAAAUAACACUGAGCGAAAACAAUUUACAUAACCCUGCACUCUUUCCUCUAAACAAUUACAACUAUAAGGAUCUAAAGAAGAUAUGAAAAACUCUAAAUAGCUUGAAAUGAAAAAAAUUAAAAUUAAAGAAUAAAGAUUAUCAACUGUUGUUGAAGAACCCUCUGCAUUUUUGAACAGUUAAUAAGCUACUAAAUGUAUAAAAUCAAUCUUUACUUUAGAGGUACUCCUUAAUAUUGGAGGAUCCCAAAAUAUUGCCUAAUCUUGUUAAAAUAAAAACUCCUUUGCAGGAUUCGAAUUUCAAAUUCCGUUGUAGUAAUCUAUUUCCAAAACACCAAAUAAUAAUACAAAACCCUAGAAUUAUUUUGCUGAUAAUACGCGAUCAGGUUCUAAGUCCUUGUAUUAGAAUAACAUCCCUUAAAAUAUUUAAUAUAUCAACAACUCCAAUAAUAAAUAAAACCAAAUAAAAUAUGAGUACCUUAGUUCAGUAUAUAAAUAUAUCUAUAUAAAUUUAGAGAGCUAAAAGUUUUAGCGACCAAAAUAGCAAAAGAAACUAAAGCAAAAAAUGCUUAGAUUUAGAAUAGAUUGAUAAGCAAUAUGAAAAUAGUUAGGAGAUCCUGAAAAAGACUAAUACUAUGCGUAAAACAUGA